UUGGACUGCCCACCGUUGGGCACUUCCGCCGGGCUCGGGUUUCCUUCGACUCGGCAUUUAAAUUGAGAUGCAGGACGUCAGCUGCUGCUACAUUCAGCGCAGUGCUAUGACAGAAAAUAACCAGUAGCACUAGCAAAACAGGCUCCUUUUAUUUUUUAACACAAAAACGACAGAAAUAACUAUUGGUCCAGGGUUGUUUUAUGGGCAGAAGAGCGGUUGAACAAUAACGCUGCUUGAGCUCUGACAGCAGCUCGGUGCAUCAUUUUUGGGAUUCCUCUGCUAGCUGUUGGACAAGAUUGAAUAGCGGUAACGUGAUGUUGUGCAUGAGCGGAAUGAUUUAACUGACUGACAUAGACUGGUAAACAAAACCAAACUUAUUGAAUGCAGUGUUUUUUGGCCCAGGAACACGAGUGGCCUGGUCUGGGACGACUGGGACGACCGAUGGACUAACGUUGAAUGAUGAGAGUGCAUUCAAAGGGUCAGGUUUAAAUUCUGAUUAACAUAUACAACAGUUUGGAUUUCUGUUGUAGACAUUAACGGAGACAAACAUCUUAAAUUUGCCUUCAGCUGGGGUGGAUAUAGGCUAACAUCCCACAGUAUCAUCAAUAACAACAGUCUUCACCCAUUCUAGUGAAGCACGACAGACAGACUGUUAUUUCAUCUAUAUACGUUUUUCUUGAGACUAAUGUGUGAUCUUUAGAUUUUCCAAAACAGACUUUUUUUGCAACAACAAUAUAGAUUUAUUUUAGGGUGUUGUAGGCUACUAUACUUUUUCUUUGGAUUUGAAGGUGGAUCUUAAGUUAUUUGUUUUUUUUAAAUAAAUUAGAUCUUUGCUUCAUCUUCUUCUUGCCUUAAAUGUAAAAUAAGCUGACACAAGUGACAGACAGCAUCUUUGACCAGUUACACUUCUCAAAGGCUUUAAUAGCUUUAACAAUAAGCAACCAGCAAUCAUGUUCAGCUGGCUUGGAAGCGAUGACAGAAGGAAGAAGGAUCCUGAGGUCUUUGCGACUGUCAGUGAGGGACUGAAGAAGCUCUACAAAACCAAACUCCUGCCGCUGGAGGAGAGCUACAAGUUUCAUGAGUUUCACUCUCCGGCUCUGGAGGAUGCAGACUUUGACAACAAGCCCAUGGUCUUACUGGUGGGACAGUACUCCACCGGCAAGACAAGCUUCAUACGCUACCUGUUGGAGCAGGAUUUUCCCGGAAUGCGGAUCGGCCCCGAACCCACCACGGAUUCCUUCAUCGCGGUAAUGCAUGGCGACACAGAAGGAGUCAUCCCCGGCAACGCUUUAGUGGUUGACCCCAAGAAGCCCUUCAGAAAGCUGAACGCAUUUGGAAACGCAUUCCUCAACAGAUUUGUGUGUGCCCAACUGCCUAACCCAGUGCUGGAAAGCAUCAGUGUGAUUGACACACCAGGAAUUCUGUCAGGAGAGAAACAGAGGAUCAGUCGAGGCUAUGACUUUGCGGCUGUCUUGGAGUGGUUUGCGGAGCGAGUGGACAGGAUCAUAUUACUGUUUGAUGCUCACAAACUGGACAUCUCUGAUGAGUUCUCAGAUGUGAUAAAAGCCCUGAAGAACCAUGAAGACAAGAUCAGGGUUGUUCUGAACAAGGCUGACCAGAUAGAGACCCAGCAGCUGAUGAGAGUGUACGGUGCCCUGAUGUGGUCACUGGGGAAAAUAGUCAACACUCCUGAGGUGAUCCGCGUGUACAUUGGGUCAUUUUGGUCCCACCCUCUGUUGAUUCCAGACAACAGGAAGCUGUUUGAAGCAGAGGAACAGGACUUAUUUAAGGACAUUCAGUCUUUACCGAGAAAUGCAGCACUUAGAAAACUCAACGAUCUGAUUAAGAGGGCAAGACUAGCCAAGGUCCACGCCUACAUUAUCAGUGCACUGAAGAAAGACAUGCCCUCUGUGUUUGGGAAGGAGAACAAGAAGAAAGAACUGAUCGGCAGCCUGGGAGAUAUUUACAAACGCAUAGAGAGAGAGCAUCAGAUAUCACCUGGAGAUUUUCCUAAUCUGAAAAAGAUGCAGGACCAACUCCAAGCUCAGGAUCUCAACAAAUUCCAGCCUCUGAAACCCAAACUCCUGGAGGCAGUGGAGGACAUGCUGGCCCACGAUAUCGCUGGCUUAAUGGUCCUGGUCCGACAAGAAGAAAACCAGCGUCCCAACCCAGUCGUGAAGGGCGGUGCGUUCGACGGCACUAUGGACGGCCCGUUUGGUCACGGGUAUGGUGAAGGAGCCGGCGAAGGCAUCGACGAAGCAGACUGGGUUGUCGCACGUGACAAACCUGCUUACGAUGAGAUUUUCUACACAUUGUCUCCCGUCAAUGGGAAGGUGACCGGAGCCAACGCCAAGAGGGAGAUGGUGAAGUCAAAACUGCCCAAUACGGUGCUGGGAAAGAUCUGGAAGCUGGCCGACAUCGAUAAGGAUGGGAUGCUUGAUGAUGAGGAGUUUGCGUUGGCCAAUCACCUGAUAAAAGUGAAACUGGAGGGACAUGAACUGCCAUCAGACCUGCCUGCACACCUGGUGCCUCCUUCCAAGAGGAAAAUACCUGAGUAAAUGUAAGAUUACAUCAUUCCCUACCCCGAAAACCUGUAACUAGAUCCACCCCCUCCACCCAGAAGAAACUUAUCAAAAUUCAAAUAGGAAUAUUUCUGUAGCAAUAUAGCAAAACAACACUAUUAUUUUUUGAAAAUAUUUGAACAAAAUUAGACCUCAUUUCCAACUCUGUUGGAUUCCAACCUGCUCUUUUGCUGUCCUCCCCACAUUUGCAGUCUUUCCUUAGCUUCAAGAGGCAAAUAUUACUACAAAAUAUUCAGUCAAAUAAAGAAUGAUAAUGACUUAGCAUUUGGAUUUAAAUGCUACAUUAUUGCAGUGCUGAAAUGGCUUUUACCAGGGUAGAAAAACUUUUUGAGUCCUUUAAGUAUGAGAUAUUAGGAGCUGUUAGGUAGAACUGGGGUUUGAGAUGUUAGGACAGCUGAUAUGGUAAUUAAUAAAGACAAACUAUUUAAAAGUCUAAAACAAGAAACACUGGAAUACAACAACAUGUAAGGUGAUCUAAACUACUGGAAGAACAUGGGAGAGAUGUGAAAAUGUGAAGACUAAAAGAAAGAUGUUUUGUUGAUAGGAUCAUUCUGUGAGAGGGGAAGAUUGGGAUAUAAAAAUGAAAAAUAUUGUAUUAUUAUCUGUAACGAAUACAGUAAACUCAUGUUUGACUACAAGAUUCCACACGGCCGCCAAAAACAUGCCACAUUCCUUGUAUCUCGAGGUCCUGCAUUGUUUUCGAUCUCCUGGCACAUAUUAAAGAGCUACAAAGGUUUCCUGCCAAGUUGCUGGAAAAAACACACAAACAAAUUUGUAGAAGCGUGCACACACACACACACACACACACACACACACACACACACAGAAAAUUAAAUUAACAGUUAUAUUGUUUAACCAGAGCAGAGAAUAGAAAGUGUGGAGCACCAAUUAUUAUAACAAGAAAAUGGCCUACAUCAACUUUAAAACAAAUGUGAUAUUUGUUUAAAUGACAUCACCAUCAUUUAACUGUAGCACCUGGAUUGACCUAAUGCAAUGAAGGAGGAAAAUGUUUUUUCUAAUGGGAAACAAUCAUGGGAGAAACUAAGGAUGGCAAGUGUUGAGUCUAUUUUAUGAUUUUUACAUAGUUCUAAAUAUUAUUAACAUGUUUGGGAAUACUGUGACUGUACUAUGGAACUAUAUAAUGGGUCUUGUUUGGACACACGAGUGUGCAGACAGUCUCAGUAUAAAUGUAUUGUAAGGACUUGUGUUGUGUUGAAUGUGCAGACGUUCACUGUUCUGUGUGGUCUCAUCCUGACUAUGUAUGCAUAUGACCACAUGUAUUGGUGGUAUUAUUUGUAACGUAUAUGUAUUAAGUCGGGCUACUGAGUCGGGAGUAUUCCAGUGGGCUGUUCAUUGAAAAUGGAUGAAUCAGUUUUUGUUCACCUUGAAAGUGACGUAACCUAACAGUCCAGAGAGUGAACACACAGCUGUUUGCUUUUUUUGUGAUGAUAACAAAACACUAAUUAACACAUUUUUCAAUAAAAAUAAAAAUGUGGCUUUCCAUUCCAUGUGUUUAAAUUGUAUACAUGUAAUAAAUGUAAUCUGAUUUACUCUAGCGAUAUGCCAGUAUGUAUGUUGUGUGUGUAUAUAUAUAUAUUUUACAUUAGGACCAUAUUUGUGGUUGAUGAUGUGUCUUGAUCAUAAGAUGAAACACUAAACUAACUAAAUGUGGGUUCCCAUAUGAUAAGAAAUGUGUUUUAUGAGUCGGACAGUAUUCACCCAGGUUAAGCUACAGAAAUGACUGAAAUAUUUCCAGUUUAUGGACAUAUUGUGCCCCUCCCUGUGUGUCUAUGUGCUCUUACUGUGAAUCUACUGUACAUAUUAAGACUAUUUUCAUUCCAUAAACACAGAUUGAGAAAUCAUCCACAUCAUCUCGGGUGCUUGCUCACAUUUCACAGAUGAGCCAGAUCAGAUCAUAUAAAGUUGUUUGAAUGUGGAUUCCUUUGGAAAACAAAGUCCUUGAAAUUGAGUUAUCUUCAUACCCUGACAAAUUGCAACAUGAGAUCCUGUGUUCUGGUAAAUACACUAAGUGGAAACACUGGCGUUAUGGCUUUUUUUCUGUUCUAAGAUAGUUAUGCAUUGCUAAAUCUGUACUUCACUGCUUUUCUGUAAACAUAAGUGUAAUAAACUUUCAUUUACUCAA